CUAAAGUGCCAUAAAACACUAAAUGUGCAGGCUAGUGACAAAGUCCAUUUGUUCAUGGAAAAGGUAUCGGGAGCUAGAACCCAACGUGUGUUAGCUACUGGCCAACACAGCACACAUUAGUCAAACCAUGGUCACCCCCAUCAAACAGAAAAUACAGUUAUACAUUUGUGGUUUGGUUCAUUUGAGUAUGUCAGUUAAUGCAAAGUUUCCUCACACACUACAAUGCCAGGGCCGUCAAGCGUAACAAAGAUACACCUUUUCUACAGGAGUGUUGAGUACAAAAAAAUGAAGCGUUGACUGAAAGCAAAUCGAAGCGGCCACUACUGAAAUAUCGUAUCGUCAUCACACGUGGCUGUGUUCGGUAUAUCCUUGAUGAAAAGGUCAGGAAAGGUCCCGCCCCAUCAUCCUCCUCAUCAGCACCGUCAUCAUGAGGGGGGAGGAGUGAACACUGGGUAAAGAGAGCCACGGAGCAAAGAGGAGAGGAGAGGAGGUCUGAGGACAAGAACACAUCACUGAUCUCAAAGAAAAUCUCCAAUAUUUUUUAUCGAUCUGUGGAAACUUUUUUUGUAUUCCAGCAGCGUGACAUCGCCGAGAUGGAAUCCAAAACGUCCAAGGGUCCCAGAAGAGUCUGUGAAGAGGUUCCACCAAUACUGCGUGGCUGAGCAGCCUGACCUCCCUUCACUGUGUCCAGUGCUGUAGCUCCCUCUGCUGUGUGACCAGGGAAGGUCAGGAAGGGCCGGAAGUAUGGCAAACAUACUGGAGGAAGGAAUGAAUAUAGUCAUCGUCAAACACUACAACCACUCAGGGAAGUGGGAUCGACCUCGCAGCAGCGGGACGUGUAAGAUGGCGGUGCUGCUGUUCAUCUGUGUGCUGAUUGUACUGGAGAACGUCACAGUUUUACUCGCUCUCUGGAGAAACAAGCGCUUCCACAGUCGAAUGUAUAUCCUCAUAGGGAACCUAGCGCUCUCGGACCUCCUUGCCGGUGUGGCCUACGUCGUCAAUAUUUUUACCUCAGGACGUAACACCUACUUUCUGACGCCCAUACAGUGGCUGGCCAGAGAGGGGAGUAUGUUCGUGGCCCUCAGCGCCUCCACGUUCAGCCUCUUGGCCAUUGGAAUUGAGCGACACAUGACUAUGGUGCGUCUGCGCCCAUGUGAGGCGGCAGGUCGAGGGAGACUGUUGGGUUUGCUGGCGGCCUGCUGGCUUGUGUCAGUGCUGCUCAGUGCCUUGCCCAGCCUGGGGUGGAACUGCCUGAAUAAUAUGACCUCCUGCUCCACAGUGCUACCGCUCUACGCUAAGAGUUACGUGGCUUUCUGCAUCAGUGUCUUCAGCGCCCUGUUGGUGGCCAUCAUAAUCCUUUACAUCAGGAUCUAUCGCCUGGUGACCUCCAGUGGUCGCAGGGUCAGCAGUCGACCUUCGGAGCGCUCACUGGCUCUGCUGAGGACAGUGGUCAUCGUUCUUGGAGUGUUUGUCGUAUGUUGGGCUCCACUGUUCCUCCUGCUGUUGCUGGAUGUGGGCUGCAGUCCAGACAAUUGCCCUGUGCUCUACCAGGUGGACUGGUUCAUCGCCUUAGCUGUUCUCAACUCUGCUCUCAACCCUCUCAUAUACACCCUGUCCAGCAGGGAGAUGAGGGCUGCCUUCUUCCGGCUGCUUUGCUGCUGCCAGAACAGCUUAGAUUCCACCGGCGCCCCUGUAGUGGGCACCCUCAACCUGGGCACCGUCAUACCCACGGCAGAGAACAGCAAGUCCAGUUUGGGUGGAGUCGCUGGCAGUGGGGCCUGCAAGUCCACGCUACAGAGAGGAAAGAUUCCCACACCUCUGAGCUCUGAACACAAGCACGGGGGUCCUUCUGCCACGGCUGUAGCCCACCACUCUGGGCCUACAGACCUGCUCUCUGCAGUGUUGGUCAAAGCUGUGGCGCUGCCGCAGCUCAGCAAGUUCUGAGCAGAAGCACUUAACGGCCUUUCAGUGGUAGAGAACCAGAACUGACACAGCCCUGACAUCAGACACUUUUUUCUUUAUGCACUACAACCGCUGUAGCAUUUAUGUGAAUAUCAAGAUCUUUGAUCCAGUCAUAUUCCAAAUCAAUGAAACCACUAUUAGUUCCACAUGUUGAAACCACAGUCACUGAUGGAACUGUUCUAGACAGACUGAAAGUAUCAGUUGUUUUGAUUGGCUAUUUCUAACAACAUUAAUUUAAUAUAAAAUAUACCAUCAACAAAUAUUUUUACAAAUACACACAACGAUCUCUCUAAUUUACACUAGUGAAGACCUUUUCUGUUACAAGGAUAUUAAAGUUUUUGGAUAGUUUUUGUGAAAUACAAUGUUGGACAUAAAGAUAAAACACUGGAUUUUUCUAAAUCCAACAGGGUGUUUGUCCAUAUGUUCAUUGACCAUUACUUGAAAAAUCAAGUGUUGGACGAGACCGUUAGCUUCACACACAGUCGUCUGUGUGCCACAGACGAAGCUGCGGCACGGCUACGUUUAUGUACUGUGUACAGGAAGUGAUUCGUUUUAUGUCCAUGCUGACAAAAGGAGGAAGCACAACAGCCGCAUAACUGUAGCACAAGAAGACAAUUUGGCUGAGAAAAUAAAGACGGGAAAUGCUUGUGUUUCAAUUGGAGUUUCCUUCCAAAAUAAAAGCACAAGUACAUAACUGAAAAUAUAUGAAACUCUUCCGUCAGGGAAACAGAUGGAUGUAAACAGGUCCCGCAUGUUAACAGCUGUCAGUAUAAGUUAUUUAAUACUGAUCGUUCUGACUGUGUGGUUACUUAAUAUUUUACCGCAUGGAUUGAAAACAAAUGAUUUUUUUCUUCCUGGUAUGUUAUGGACAAACUCUUUUCUUCAAGCCUCUUAAUACUAUAAACAGUUGUAAACUAUAAAGUAUUUAUGCAUAAACUCCCCAAUGGUACUUACAUUAUAAAAAAUAUUUUGUAUUAGUUAUGCACUGAACAAGCAACUAUGGCAAAAAUGAUGGCUUUAGCGCUCUUUUUUGGACGAAAUUGCGACCUCGCGAGGCCGGGAUGGUCAUUACACACCCUCAGACAAGAAUGUCAGAUGAAUGGCAUCGUUAGACUUUUACCACUAGUGGGCGAGAGUGUCAAGCUUCUCCUGAACGUGGUGCCGCAGGGAAAGCGAAAAUUAUACACGAGUGUAAUUUUUAAAUUGUAUUCUUUUUCUUUACAAAUGUGAAGUUUGGUCAUGUAACAUGUAACUCGGUUUGUCCACAGUCGGGUUCUUAGCUCCUCUGUGACAGAGUCAAUCUUAUAUUUUCCUCAGCACAUUUAGAAACCACUCGUGUCGACAAACCACUAGUGAAUAAUAGAAGUGAAUGAUUUCAUGUUGUUAGACGGGAAAUGACAUUUGUGCCUGGGUUGAUUAAGUGCCUUGUACAAAGAACAACAAAAAUAACAAAAAUAGAAAUCCCAUUCCAUUUUUUUUUUUACGAGACUAUGCAAUCGAUUAUCUUUUAUUAAAUGUCUAUGAACUUCU